CGCGUUGGCAUCGCUUGAAUGUUCAGAAACACACAAACUAGCCUUCGCUUCCGCAGGCCACCACUAUGCCUAUGCCUUGCACACCUGAGUGGCGAAUGCAGACCUCACAAGUGAGUCAGGGGAGAGUAGGUGAGUCUCUCAACCAAUCAGGCGUGUAACGGCCCAUAACCCUGUAAACUGCAUCCUUACAUCAUAUCAUGUCAGAAUAUGAGCCUGAGAACUAACUUGACACUGACACAGUGACACUCACACCAAUAACUUGAAUAAGGCAAUAUUUUCAAAAAAUGACUUACAUACUUCAUUCUUGUUCUAAACGAAGGGAAAUUUUUCUUCAAGCAACGUACCGGUAAUUUAUAAUUGUAGCCCAGCUAGGUUCAGAAAAUUCAUCAGACAGAAAUAUCGGACUACUGCCGUACUGGCACAUCCACGUGUUUCUUACUUCAAGUUAGUUCUCAGACAUUAGUGGUUUUGGGAGAUUCUCUGCGUGAUCUGCACUGCCGGGUGAAGAAUGAAGAUGCACGUUGUACUCAUCUCCGUCGUUGCGCUGGCUGUAACUACUACAGCGGCCGCCUCUACUACUAGCGAUUGCAGCUCCACUACUGGCCGCUGUUCGGCCAGCACAGGCCAUGGCAGCAAACUGCACAGCACUGAGUCUUUCGAGCGGCGUCGAGUGCAGCUCCCAGAGAAGCCAAACAUCAUCAUCGUUUAUGGCGAUGACGUCGGCUAUGGCGACCUGAACGGUUACGGACACCCGACCUCGAGCACUCCCAACUUGGAUCGCAUGAUCAGCGAGGGCAUGCGUUUGACUCAGUUCUACUCCGCAGCGCCGGUCUGCUCUCCAUCGCGUGCGUCGCUGAUGACCGGGCGACUGUACCCACGCACCGGAGUAUACUCCGGUAAACCGGGAACAUUCAACAGCACUGGUCUGUCGGUAUUCAGCCCGUUCAGCAAUGGCGGCAUGAACCUCUCCGAGAUCACCGUGGCCCAGAUGCUCAAGCCACUGGGCUAUGCAACGGGAGCACUGGGAAAGUGGCACCUGGGUAUCAAGACCCAGUACCUGCCGGCCAGUCGGGGCUUCGACAGCUACUUCGGUGUGCCCAUGACGCAGAACGAGUGUACGUCGAACGUUGAGAGCAACAACAAGUUUGGCCCGUGCCCCACGAUGCACAACAACACCGUCGCCGUUCAGCCCACGGACGUGCUCAACAUCGACGCGGCGUACGUCGACAACAUCAAGGAAUUCAUGACCGUGCACCGCGAGGGGCCGUUCUUCUUCUACUACGCCUCGCAUCACACGCACAUGCCGCAGUUUGCCGCUCCGGGCAUUCGCAACACAACAAUGCGAGGACUGUUCGGCGACUCUCUGGCAGAGCUCGACUGGUCUGUUGGGCAGAUUCUCGAUCAUAUUGUCGAGCUGGGCAUUCAAAACAACACACUGGUUAUGUUCUCUGCGGACAAUGGCCCGGAAUUGAGUGAUGUGGAUCUGGGCGGGGAGCAGGGACAGCUCAAGUGUGGCAAGGGAACGACGUACGAGGGCGGCGUACGAGAACCCGGCAUCUUCUGGUGGCCAUCUGUCAUCGAGCCCGGCAGCAUCUCCUAUGCAUUGGGCAGCACGUUGGAUUUGUCGGUGACGGCGGUCAGCUUGGCGGGAGGCAAGCCGCCGCAGGACAGAGCAACGGACGGUUUCGACUUAACGCCGGUGCUGACGGGCCAGUCGGAGAACGGUCCCCGCGAUCACAUGUUGUACUACAGCGGGCACAUUCUCAUGGCCAUUCGCCUGCACCAGUACAAGGCUCAUUUCUACACAAAGGGAAGCCACUGCCGCAGCACCUAUCACGAUCAGGACUGCUGGGACGCGACGGGACUGCAGCAGCAUGACCCGCCGCUGCUCUUCGACGUCGAGACGGACACGAAGGAGCGAUUUCCGCUGGACGUUACGCAGAAGGAGUACAGCGCUGUGCUGGCCGGCAUCGUGCAGCUGAAGGCCGAGCACGGGAAAGGCAUGACGUUUGCGCCGGGCGAGAUGAACAUGGGCGGCGACGAGAUGAACUUCCCCUGCUGCAACCCCGCCUGCACGCCCCGGAACGCGUGCUGCGCCUGUCCGAAAAGAGAAGCAAGUCAACACAAGGCAACCAAUGCUGUCUAAAUAGCCUGAUUUGUGCAGCACUGAAGAGACCAUCUUAUCAUUCUAUUUUAUUAUUCGGUUUCAGAACUACUGAAGUCAUGAUUGUCUGCUAUGUGGUAUGGUCUGUACUUGGCCUGUGGCGGGAAUUCCUAUUCUUCAACAAUUCAUAAUCUAUUCUUACUUUAAAAAAGACCCCUCCUUCAAAACCGUACACAUAAUUAUAACAGUAUUAUUUAUGUUUCCCAUUUGUGUCUUUCCCUCAAACUGGUCAAGAUAUUAUGUUUAUGUUUACAUCGUGACAUAACAGUACAAGUCAUGUA